AUGCUCGACGAAAAUCUCCCAUGCUUCAUCAUCAAGCCCUCCUCCGACAUUCCCGCCUCCAGCACCAUCUUCCUGCGCGAGAAUGGUGCAGAAGAGCUCCAACCCGAAUACACGCUGCGACGACCUGAGCCGAACCUCCCAGCCUCGAAGAACUGCUACGCGGUAGGCUUGUACGACUCGUACAGCCCUGAGGUCCUGUUUGCCGAGGUGCUGGUGCGUCCAGAAUGGCAGCAACCAGGUCUUGCUGCCGCUGAGAACGGGUUGCCGCCGCCACCUGUACCGAUCGUGCCCAACGCUUUUACAGUCCAGCUGUACAAUCCCGAUCAGCAGGUAAUCAUCAGGCAGAUCCCGAGCACGACCUUCAGCUCGGCGUAUUGGGAAUUCGAGAUGCCGCAGAAUACCUUCCGGUUACCUUCAGCCUCGUCCCUUGACAGAAGCCAGAGUGACCCUGCAGCUUCAUCUCUCACGCCUAAAAUUGCGUUUAAGUGGAGGAGGGAUGGGAAGCUAUCGAAAGAUAUUUCGUGUUUCUUAGCGGGAAAGUCAACAAAUGGCAGGAAGACCAAGGAGCCUGAUAUCACAGUGGCGAUGUUCAAAGGUGGAAAGAAUCUCACGAUUUACCAACCGAACAUGCACAGAGUAGAUGUGGAAGAUGUCAAGGGUCUCGAGGUGGUGCUUUUGCUCGGUGCAACUGUAAUCAAAGACAUUUUCUUCAACCCCAACCGAGAGAUGUUCAAUAUCAGUUCUCCUACCGUCGGAGCAGCUAAUCCGCAUGGAGGGAGGAAGAAUAGCGGCCCCUUGAUUGCAGGGAAAUCCGGUCCACCUCUCCCCCUCAUGUCAGGAGCAGUCAUGUCUACACCACCACAGAGGACGAAUAACAUCCCACAAUCGCAAAUUCCCCCGCAACCCCCCCGCCGCCAGCAGCAGCAACCCGUCUCCAGACCACCCCCUGCUGACCCGCGCACACAAUGGGAAAUCGACGCCGAAACCGAACGACUAAAACGCAUCGUGCAAGAGGAAGAGCGAGCUCGCGCAAAAGCCGAACACGAGGAGCAGAAACGCAUCAAGAAAAUGCUCGAACAGGAGGAUAGAGAGCGGAAACGUCGAGAGCUAGAGGUAGCCAAAGAGACGGAGAGGCUGCGGAAGAAAUACGGCGUCCCAGCCCCGCGCGUGCAGUUUGCGCCCAGUCCUCGACCGCAGGCGUUAGCCGCGUUACCGCAGCACCAGAGCGCGCCACAUACUGUGCCCACACCGGUUGCCAGGCCGGCGAGCACACCUCACGGGUACAGCUCGGCCGGAUUCGGAUCUACCCCGAGGCCGCAGAAUAGCAGCAGUCCGUAUUUGCAGGCGAGCGGCAACCACUCGGCGAGCCCUAAUGGGUUUUUUGGAUUUGGGGGUCGGAACAAGAUACCGAAGAAGAGGAGCGUGUUCUUUUAG